UAAUAAUAUAUACUUAAUACUAACUAAACGUAAACACAUUCACAAGUCGGAAUUUGGGCGUUAAAGUGAUAUAAAUAAAAUUUCUAAUAAAAUCAUAAUUUAAAGAUACCCACGAGAGAAAUCAAUGACAUAGGCAAAUGAAGAUGGAUCUUAAAACAUUUGCAAGCGAUGAUUUUGAUCCUAAGCAAUGGAUAAACAAGGCUUGGAGUUUAAGUGGAAAUCAGGAGAAAGAGAUUUUUGUAGCAAAUGCUGUAACGAGAUUGCAACUGUACAUGAAGCAAUUGAAUAAUUCUCUGGAUGAGACAACUACACAGAUAAUGUCAUCGAUGCCGCGCGUGGUGCAAGAAAUGCACAGGCUUCAAGUGCAGGGCGGCGCCUUGCAGCACCAGCUCGAGAACCUGGAGCGGCACGUGCUCAGCGUGGAGCAGCAGACCGGACACUCCAUCGAGAGUCUGCAGAGGAUAGAUGUGCUGAAGAGUCGCCUCGAGAACGCGGUGUCAGCUUUGCGGGAGGGUGACAAGUGGGCGGCGUUAGCCUCCGCGCUCGAAGAGGUCUUGGAGGGAGGGGCGCCCACGCAGAAGGACGACCUGCUGGAGCUGGCGGAACAGAUCGAAGCGAUGACGGCCAGUCUGGAGGUAUUAAGUGAGUCACCAGACUUUGCGAAAAAACGCACACAGUUGGAGUUGCUAUACAACAGGAUAGAAGCUGCCAUCAGACCAGCUUUCAUCGACUCCUUCACGCAGCUGAACGCGGAUCUGGCGAGCGUGUAUGUACGCAUCAUGGCGGCCAUGAGUCGGUCGGGGGGCGUGGCUCGUGUCUGGCGACAGGCCACCGUCACGACACAGCUCGCGCACUGGCGCCGCGACCCCGCCCUCCCCGCACUCUCAUCGCUCACAAUGGCCGCCCCCACACACAUGGAGUGGUUGACUAAUGUUGUGCGAUCAGAAACAGCAGUCGCAGAGCUACUGCGUCUCUACACCGACGUUCUGCUGUCGCUGGAUCCGUCGCUGACAAAGACUGUGACAGCCGAGUUCAAGUUAUGCCAGAGCCCCGAGGAAGUACUGGUGAUGUUAGCUGACCUUAGGACCGGUAUCGAUGACUUCGUGCAGUCUAUCGUGAGGAUUAUCGACACUCACGCAACCGGCGCAGGAGUCCAGAAGAUGAAGCAGAUGAGUGAGGUCCGUGAGGUCGGGCGCGCCAUCUUCUCUCCGCUGCGAGCUCUGCUGCCCGAGUACGGCCGCGCGCAGACGCAGCUGCUUCUGGCACAGCUGGAUGACCAGGCGCUGCGACAGGAGGAUCUGCUAGAAAGUUGUCGCGCCAUUCUGUCGACAGCGGAGCGGAGUGAGGGCUGGCUGACGCAGGCGUACGCGAGAGGGAGACAGAUAGCGGGUACGGCCGUUCUGCCGUUCUACUUGCCCGCGGUUGACUCGUACGUCUCGGCUGUUCUGAACGUCAUAACGUCUCAGACCCGCACCAUAGAGGCCUCGUUUCUGUCGGCGGUGGCCAAGCGUGAGUCGGUGGGUGUCCUGAGCGAGUGGUUCCCGGGCACCUUGCUCCUGGACUCGGCCGCAGCGCUGAUGCUGCAGUGGCUCACGGACGCUUACAAACACACAGAGGACAGUGACGAUCAUCCGAUAUUCGACCUUAGCGCGUUACUGUUGGAUCAAGAGUCGCGUGACAAAGUAAAUAAGGUGUCGCCCCAGAUAGCGGGCCUGCGACGCGCAAGUGAUCACCUAAGGAAACUAGCCAGGAACAUUCUGAGGAACCCCGUCGACGUACAGCUUGACAAGAUAGCGGCGCUGUCUGCGUGGAGCAACAACGACGCGCUCAGCACCGACCUGCCGGACUUCGCGCUCUCGCCGCAGGAGUACAUCACGGAGAUCGGGCAGUACCUCAUGACGCUGCCGCAACACCUGGAGAUGCACCUCUCAGAGAAGCAGGCGCCCUGGCAGUUCCUGGCUGAGGUGUGCAGCCACACUUGCGACGCGUACGCACAGCGGAUCCUCAAGAUUCGCGACAUGGACGCUCUGGGCACGCGGCGUUGCCUCACGGACAUUGUGUAUUUGUCAAGCGUGGUAGAAGACUUGGGCACUGCCACCACCCCGGCACUCCGGAACUUGGAGAAGUCCUUGCGAGCCGCCGCCGGCACUCAGCCAGAGUGACUGCCUUGAGUAGGUCCCCACGCUCGUCUUACAGCAUCCACCUUAUAAGUCACUUGACUUGUUAUACCUAUAGGUAUAUAUAUAUAUUGGCAAUGUAAACAUUCCAUCAACCAACUGAGAUGAGCCAGUGCGGAGUACUGAUUGACCAUUCAUCAUCAUUAUCAUGCAACCUAACCCAGGUAUCUUGACCUGAUCAAUCGGUCCAUCUUGUGGGGGACCUACCAACACUGCAUAAUCCGGUAUGCGGUUUCAUUUGGGAACUUUACCGCCCCAACGGCCAUCUGUCCGUCGAGCUAUGUUCCCUACCCACUGCCACUUCAGUUUCACAAUCAUCCGGACUAUGUCUCCUACGGAUAUGACUUAGGUUCUCCUAUGGAUCUCCUCAUUUCUGAUUCAAUCUGAUUGGAUUAUACAGUCACGUAAUAAUAUGGCUGUAGGCUUCAUUACGGAGGAGUUAUAUUAUUAUCUUUAUCUGAGUUUGUUGUGUAGUAUCUGAAAGGACUCAAAAGAAUCCAUGAAUUGUAAAAUUGCCACAUCACUAGUAAAAUGGAGACUAAAAUGUAAAAAUUUAUUUAUUAAUAAUAAAUCUAUGAGAUGUUA